CGGCGAAAUCGUGAGGCGGGGCUGUGUGAAGACGGAGGCAGAUCGGAAAGACUAACGAUAUGUUUCGGGCGCUUGAAUGUAUUUAUAUCGAGUUAUUACGAUGACCGGACAAUCGGAUUAAUACCCAAGGUAAAUUUGGAUCUUCGCCGCGUGAAAAAGGUCUUCUUGCACCAUCUGCGUGCAGUGACGACUUGUCGGCACGGGGGACUGUCCGACGACAGAAACAGAGGUUUCCCUUCACUCUGACCUCUGAGCCUGAUAACGGUUCCUCAAAACGAAAAUAUCGGACUGUCGGGGGCGGAGCGGACAGAACCGGUAUUUCUCUCUGGAAGAACAGCGGGCAGGCAGCCUCGCGCUAUAAUAGCGCAGGUUUCCACUCAGACAGGACGCGUGAAUUUGUGAGCUGCCCUGUAUCGUACGCAAUAGGUCUCCCAUCACUCAAGAAUACACAGGCGCACCUAUCCCUUGUGUCCCAAAUGAGAUUCGGCUAUUGAACGCGGUCGCGACACCAACGCUGAGCACCCUGGUCUGACGGAGCCCCCCUGCCCAGCCGGAGCAGCCAUGAGCGGCCAGCAGGAGGAAGCGGACGGGCUGUACGUGCAGCACCAGUACAUGUGCAGCGAGUGCCACCAGCUCUUCAACACGCUGGAGGAGGUCCUGGUGCACCAGCAGAGCCACACGGGCCUGGAGGGCGAGGGCGAGGAGGCCGGGGCCGCCCAGCUGGAGCUCGCCGACGCCCAGGCCAUGGGGGAGAGCCAGUACCAGUGCCUGGAGUGCGGGACGCUGCUCAGGACCCCCGAGGAGCUGCUCCUGCACCAGGAGCUGCACAUGAGAGAGGCGGGGAUGGAGGCCGAGCACCACGAGCUGUGUGAGGUGGUGGAGUCCAGCGAAACCAUGACCGCGCCCCAGCUGUCCGGGCAGAUACAGUACCAGUGUCUGGAGUGCCUGGCUCUGUUCGACACCCCGGAAGUGUGGCUGGCACACAGGCAGACGCACAACAAGAGCAGCACACACAACACGCUGUCUGACACGGAGUUUGUGUUACAGGCUGAUGGCUCAGUUACCCCGUUAGUCAGCGUUCAGAACCUGGUUCUGAGUGAGCAGCGGGCCGGGGAGAUUCUCACCUUGGCUCAGGUUUUGGCGGCGCAGCAGCAGGUCAGCCCCCUGCCCCCCACGCCCUCCCGGGGGACCCUGCUGCACUCCCCGUCCCCCCUGCCGGGCUCCGCCACCCUGCGGCUGCAGAUCUGCUCCGCCCAGGCGCUGGCCGACGGCUCCACGGGGCAGGGCCUCCGGCGGGCCAAGCUGCUCCCGCCGCUGCUGCCCGCCUGCUCCCCGCUGGAGUCCGGAGCGGGGAGGCCCGGGGAGGAGGUGUGCCUGGAGGUGGGAGGCCCGGGGAAGGAGGCGCAGGAGGGGGAAGAGGACACGGGCGAGGUGGUGAUCAUACACCCCUACGAGUGCUCCGAGUGCGCCCUGCUCUUCCAGACGCCCGAGGACUUCCUGCAGCACCAGGGCGAGCACUUCCUGGCCCAGGACAAGGAGAGCGGGGAGGAGGGGCACAGCGCCUUCCUCCCGCCCCGGCCCCGCCCGGCCCCGCCGCCGCCCCUCUCCCUGCAGUGCGCCGAGUGCCAGCGCACCUUCACCUCGGCCAAUCGGCUGUCGGCGCACCGGCGCGUGCACGAGCACGGCACCCACGAGUGCCCCGAGUGCGACAAGGUGUUCAAGAAGCCGGCGUCGCUGCAGACGCACAUGCGCACGCACUCGGGCGAGGCCCGCUACCUCUGCAUGGACUGCGGCCACGGCUUCACCACCGAGAUGACCCUCAUCAUACACAGAAAGUCCCACACGGCUGAGCCCCUCCACAGGUGUCAGUUCUGUGCCAAGACGUUCACCAACAUGACCAAGUUCCUGUACCACCGGCGCACCCACACCGCCCGCAACCCCCUGGCCCCCAUCACCAUGGUUCCGGCCGCCCCCCACCUCAGCAUCCUGCAGCGGGCCAAGGAGCGGGAGGAGGCCAGCGUGAGGGAGAGGGAGGCCCCCACGAGCGCAGCCGUCCCCCCCGGCCAGGAGCCGCGCGGCAGCCCCGGGGGGUCAGAGCCGGGCGGGGCGCUCCCUCAGCCCGGGGGAGAGAACGGGCUGGACGCGGAGCACGGGCGGGAGACGCACGGCGGGGAGGACGCCGCGAUGGACACCUCCUCCGCGCCUCCCGCCCCCGCGGACGCCUCCUCCGGCCCCGCGGAGCGCGCGGCGGCCCCCAGGGGCCAGGCCUUCCCCUGCCCGUCCUGCAGCAAGGCCUUCCCCUCCCAGCUGUGCCUGGUGCGGCACCGGCGCACGGUGCACGUGAGCGAACGGCGCUUCAAGUGCGGCGUGUGCGGGAAGCCCUUCAAGAAGCAGAUCCACGUGCGCAACCACCUGCGCGUGCACACGGGCGAGCGGCCCUUCCAGUGCAGCGACUGCGGCAAGACCUUCUCCUCGCUGGCCAACCUGUCGCGCCACGGCCUGACGCACUCGGGCCUGCGGCCGUACCGCUGCGACGUCUGCCACAAGGCCUUCACGCAGUCCUCCAACCUGCGGCAGCACCGGCUCAUGCACGCCAACCCCGCGCCCUUCCCCUGCCCCGACUGCCCCGCCGCCUUCCUGCGCCCCGCCAAGCUGGCCGCCCACCGCUACGUGCAGCACCCGGGCUCCCCCGCGCCCUUCCCCUGCCCGCGCUGCCCCGAGGGCUUCCUCCGCAAACGCCAGAGGGACCGGCACUGCCUGGAGGCCCACCCGGAGACGGACGGCGACGCCCCGGCGACCGGCGCCGAGUCGUCCGCCCCCCCGGCGACCGCCGAGGCCGCGCCCCCCUCGGGCCUGGAGGGCGGGACCCCCGGGGACGGCCCCGCCCUCCCGCCCCGCGCGGGCCCGGAGUGCUCCGUGUGCGGCAAGCGGCUGAACUCGGCCGCCAACCUGCGGCUGCACCAGCUGAGCCACGGCCGCCGACGUGCGGGCGGGCCCCCGGGGGCCCGGGCCAAGGGCCACCAGUGCCCCGUGUGCGGGAAGCUGUUCGUGUCGUCCUCCGGCGUGGUGCUGCACCAGCGCGUGCACACGGGCGAGCGGCCCUUCCCCUGCGCGCAGUGCGGCAAGCGCUUCCGGCAGAACACGCACCUGCGGGAGCACCUGCGCACGCACUCGGGCGAGAGGCCCUUCCGCUGCGAGCUGUGCGGGAAGGGCUUCGUGCAGAGCAUGCACCUGGCCGAGCACCGCCGCACGCACACCGGGGAGCGCCCGCACGCCUGCGCCGUGUGCGGCAAGGCCUUCAAGACCUUCUCCAACCUGCGCAGCCACCGCAAGACCCACGCCCGCGCCCCGCCCGAGGAGGCCGCCGCCGCCCUGGCCCUGACGGACGCCGCCGCCGCGGUGCCCGCCCUCUGCCAGCAGGGGGAGCCGCAGCUCAUCCAGAUACAGACGCAGCAGGGUCAGAACACGCCCACCAUCAUGUGCAACGAGUUCGGGGAGACCAUCGCCAUCAUCGAGACCAGCGAGGGCGGCGCCCUGCCCCUGGCCGAGGCCAUCGAGAUCUACCAGACCGCCCUGGAGAACAGCCUGGGCCUGGACUCCAUCACCGUGGACAGCCUGCAGCUCCUCUGAGAGAGGCGGGAGGGGGGAUAAUAUCACAUCGGAUCAAGGGAUCAUCUAGGGAGGAGGACAUUAAAGACGUUGGCCCUUUAAGACUUCAGGAACGAGGCGCACAGACGGGCGACCUCACCCUCGGGUGGACAU